UUGGUGGUGCGCCGUCGUCGGACGAAGUGUCGUGUCGGAGUGCGCGGUGUUUCUCGGUGUGUCUCGCGUCUCGCUCCCCGAACUGAAGUCGCGAGUGAGCGAGCGAGGGAGGGUGAUACGCGCGCUCUAGAGCGAGGAGGAGAAAGAGAGAGUGUUGUAUCGGCGGCGGUGAGAAGAGACGUGCGCGCGCGCGCGCGCGAAUAUAUACGUGCGUGCGGUGCGUGCGUCGUGCACGCGAGUGUUUCCUCCUCCGUUGACGGUCUUUCGAAUCGGUGUACGUGUGUGUGUGUCUGCUACGUAUAAUACGCCGUCGCGCGCGCGUGUCCGCGCCGCCUCUGGUCCCUCGAUAUACCGUCGUCGUGGCUUCUGCUCUCUCGCGCUUCUACGUCCGCUCUUCGCGCACACGUACACACACACGUUUUGACAUACACGCUCGGGGGACGGGCGCGAUCGAGCGCCGCGUGCGCGCGCGCACAUACACGCGCGCGUAACACGUAUACGGGAACAACACGACGUGGAGGCAUGACAGCGACGCGGGAGUGUUACCCCAUACGGUUCUUCUCGGUGCACGUCGAUCGGUGGUUCAGCCAAGUGAUCUUGUGAGAGAAGUGAGAAGACAGCCUGGCUGGCUGCGCCCAGCGUCGCGCGCGCACACCGAGAAGGAACCUCCUUGUGUCAAGCUUGAGGACGACGACGACGACGACGACGGCGGCAACGGCAACGGCAAGGAGGGUGAGAAGGAGAAGGAGGAGGAAGGGGAAUACCGCCGGACGAGAGAGCAAGUGACAAAAAGGACAGGGUGAGGCGAGGAGUAAGAGGGAGAGUAAGAGAGAGACAGACACGGGCGAGAGUAAAGAAGGACAGACGGAGGAUGAAUGGCCCCGGGAGUCAUCAGCACCGCAGCUUGGGCAUGCAGGGACGUUACAGAGCCGUGGUGGCCAAUGGCGCCCCAUCGGGGCCGCACGCGCGCACCCCCGCGUCGUCUCAUCCCCGCAAUGGUGGUUGGCACCCCCACGGUCUGCACCAGCACCAGCAGCAGCAGCAGCACCAGCCUCAGCAGCAACAGCAGCAGCAGCAGCAACAGCAGCAGCAGCAGCAGCAAUUCGCCGCCGGCAGCAAGGAAUACCCGUACCGGCAGUGCCCGCCACGAUAUCACAAUGGGGAUUGCCCCGGGGUCGGCACGUCCUCCGGACCGACUGGCAAGGAGGUUUCCUAUCACGGGAACGUGGGUGGAAGCAGCGUGGGAUAUAAGCCCCCACCGCAGCACAGCCCACAGACGAGGGGCCCGUCGCCGCACUUCCCCCAGGAACCGGUAGGCCCGCCGGCCAACUCCCCGCCGUUGCACAUCAAUAUAUGCGGACAGGAAAAUACCAUGCGCGGUCCUAUACUGAACAUAAGUCCCGGCCUUGGAGCCAGCGGAGUAGACAUGGAGUACCGCAGGAACUCUCAAGCCACGAACCAGCUACCUCUAAGCCCUGUGCAGAUCCAACCAUCGCCGCCUUACUACAGGCAGCCUAGUCAGGACGAUGGUAGAAAAAGCGAGUCGCCGUCGAGGAAGCGUCGCCGAAUAUCUCGCAACGGCGCCGUGUCUGGAAUAGAGGUCCGAGAGACGACGCCGCCAGCGCCGACGCCACCCUUGCACACACCACCGCCUUGGGAAUUUGGGGGCGCGCCACAACGGCGCUCGCCCCGCAAUCACAUAUCCACUCGCGGCAUUUCGACGGUCAGGAAUCAGCGUUAUCAACGAUACGCGGAUACGUUCGGGCUCUCCUAUCCGUUCCUAGGUCACAGUCCCCAUCAGAGCAUCCACAAUUCCCAUCACGGCCUUCACAAUUCGCAUCACAACAUUCAUGGCUCCCACCCUCACGGUCUACACAACUCCCACCACAACAUCCAUAACGCACAUCAGGCGCAUCCCCAUCCGCAUCCCGCGGCCAGUGGUACGGGACACCAUCCUGCGCAGGGGGCAAACGCGCCCGUGGUCGUCGACGUUGGUCAAGUCGGCGUGUCCGGCCUAGGAGUCGCCGUUAGUGGAGAGCCGCUGUGGCAUCCGCAGGCGCCUGGCUACAGGAUUCCGUGUCAGCUUCACAGUCUCUACUCACCUCAUGGAACGCACCCGUUCGGACAUUCGUGCCAGGUAACGCAUCAUCACAGUCAUUAUUCCGCUGCUCAUCCAACGCAUCCGAGUCACGGAAUAGUCGGUUCUUUGGUGGGUGCUGCUCCCAGAGGAUACGCGCCACCAGCCGGUGGUGUUGCAGGUCUGCACACCGCGGGUCCACCGCCCGUCCACACCGAUUACACCGCGCAUCAUCAAUUGUCUCAGCAGAGAGAAGUUGAGCUCGAACUGAUAGAGUCCCAUCAUCACCACAGAGUGGGUGCCACGGCUGGUGCACCAUUGCCGUUACCACACUCAUAUUCCCCGCCGGCUCUUACGCAGGUGACGACACCGCCGCCCAUAUUCCUGUCGGAGACGCGAAACAGUCAAUUGGAGAUUGUACAGAACAGAAACCGACGGUUAACGUCCAACGUCCUACGACGACCAAGAUUCAACAGAUGGAGGAACGCGACUCAGUUACCCAUGGCUUAUCCGGGAUAUUUACUACACUUCCUUGCAAUGUUCAGCAAUCCACCGCUGUCCCCCUACAAUCAGGCCGAACUGUCCUCGCCCGACUCGGUCACGGAGAACUACGAGGCAUUGCUGUCCUUGGCCGAAAGACUGGGCGAGGCUAAGCCGCGGGGCUUGACUCGCGCGGAAGUCGAGCAGCUGCCCUCAUACAAAUUCAACGCGGAGACACACCAGGGCGAUCAGACCAACUGCGUCGUGUGUAUGUGCGACUUCGAGGCCCUCCAAUCUCUACGUGUUCUACCGUGCUCUCACGAAUUUCAUUCUAAGUGCAUCGACAAGUGGCUUAAGUCUAACCGAACGUGUCCAAUAUGUCGCGGCGACGCUGGCGAGUAUUUCGGAAAUAGCAGCAGCAGUUCUGACUGACGCCAAGCCGGCGAUGUACACUAGCGCGAAACGCCGCAGCCAUCGAGAACAUUACUACUGCGCGUUACGGGAAUGCCGAUCGUUGCGUUGCUAUUUCACGUGAAUCCGUGUCGUUGAACACCCGCGUCAUCUUGGCUGAGAUACUCCGUUGAUGCAAGAUGUUUACAGUCGGUGGUCAAGAAUCAUCUUUCCGUUGAAAAUAACGACGCUGAAACUGGCCGAAUGCAAGUGAUGGGAAGAAUAGCUGUGAAUGUACGACCUCAUUGUACCUGAGUGUCACGGCGUAAGCGGAGGAUAUCAAGCUUGAAGAACGGUCCAGCGUCUUACCGUCUUACGUUUUGAGAGGAAUAGCGAGACGCAAUAAAAGCAAUUUAGCAAAACGACGAAAUAGUCCAAGAGAUUCAACGUUCCGUUAGGUUACGGCGCAUUUCCUAUCAAAAAGAAAGAACAAGUCGAAGUCGGAUAUUUACUUGGUUCUCGUUUAUAAUGCUUCAAUUAAUGUUUUAACGCUCAUUAAUUAUUUGUUAAUUGCUACUCUGCAUUAUCGAAUUUAUGUACAUAAAAUAGUAUACGCAGACAUCGCAACUUUCCAUUAACGUUCCAUUUUUUUUUAAAUAGUUUGUCUUUCAAUCCAGUAAUUGUAUAUAUUUGCGUAAACACCCUUAUACAUAUACGUGUGCGCGUACAAAACCAGUGUUAGUUUUGUUUGGACUUAACCAAAAUGUAGAACAAAUUCUUUUGCAAUAAAAAAAGUGUAUAUCGUCAGGUAAGGGAAAAAAUUAUAACUUCCUACUGUUAUAGGCUCUUGUGUCUUUGUAGUAUAUAUACAUAUAUAUAGACCAGCUAAUUAUUUUAUUAUAUUAUAGAAAUGUAUGUAAGUAAAAUUAAAAUUAGUUGGCACCUUAAGUGCCGGUAGGUAGAAAUUGUUGGAUUAUUGCACCAGAUGCCACGUAACUAUUUUAUAAAAUAUCUGUAGGUCCGUGUUUAAUCCGAAAUUCAUUUAUUCUUCUCUCUUGCGGCAAUUUAUCAUGAUUAUUUUUUACCUAAGUGUGCUCUAACGUGUGAUGGUUACGAUUAUUACGCUGUGCACUUUGUGAAGUCUGAUUUAAAGUGAUCUACAUCCAAAACGAACGCGUGAAUUUCAGAGAGGAAGGAUUUUGCUUUUAAACCGCGAGAGAGACAAUCUGGCGUAUAAAUGGUCAAAUGCAUCCAAAAAAGAAAGGGGGAAAAAUGGAAAAAAUGUAACGUAAGGAUAUUGCUUCUGUUUCCUGCGUAUCUACCUCUAAUAGAAAGAAAACGAGACGAUUCAUAUUUUUUUAUAUACACAUCUCAUAAACAAUAAACAUACCUAUGAUAAGUGAAU